AUGUCGCAGGAUUCCCUCCGGUUCAGCUCUCGCCGCUCUCCGGUGAUCUCUCUGAGCGCAUCCGUCGCUUCGAGUCAGACUCUCGCCACUGGAGCUGGACUCGAGGUGCUGAGGCGUGGGGGCAAUGCGGCAGACGCAGCCGUAGCCGUAGCUGCCACUCUGGCCGUGACUGAACCCUGCAGCACUGGACUAGGAGGAGACGCCUUCUGCCUCUACUACUGCGCAGAGACCGGGGAGAUCCAGGGUCUAAAUGGCAGUGGUCGUGCCGCUGAGGCCCAGUCCUUGGAUUUCAUGGAGGGGCGUGGCUUCAGUGCGGAGACUCCGCCCACUGCCUUUGAUGCUCUGAACGUGACGGUCCCAGGCGCCGCGGCAUGCUGGUGUGACACACUGAAGCUGUUCGGCAGUCAGCGGCUGACCCUGCCGGCGGUGCUGGAGGGGGCAGUGCGUCUGGCUGAGGCUGGGUUUCCCGUGGCCGAGGUAACGGCACACCACUGGUCCCACUGGGUCUCUGAGCUGCAACAGGCCGGGAGGAACCUGCACCCAGACCUGCUGCUCCAGGGGGAAGCGCCCAAGGCCGGGGAAGUGUUCACCAAUCCAGAGCUUGCAAACACACUCAGGGAGCUGGGAGAGGGAGGUAAAGCUGCAUUCUACGAGGGCAGAGUCGCCGGCGCCAUUUUGAAGGUGAUAGAGGAGAACGGCGGAGUCCUGACGGAGCAGGACCUGAGGCGCCACCACAGCGGCACGGUGGCUGACCAAGUCAUCCGGCCAAUCGGCUUCCAGUACAAGGGCGUGACUCUGUGGGAGCCGCCUCCGAACGGGCAGGGCCUGACCGCUCUGCUGCUGCUCAACAUCCUGCUCAACUUCCCACUCAGAGAUCUGGGUCACAACAGCCCAGAGUACCUCCAUGUUCUGACUGAGGCGGUGCGUCUGGCCCAGGCCGACGUCUUGACGGUCCUGGGAGACCCGGACCAUGUGCAGGUUCCUGUGGAGGCCCUGCUUAAGCCGAGCUAUGGGCACAAGAGAGCACAGAACAUCAACAUGCACAGGGCGAUGCCGGGUGUGGCGCCUGGCGUGCAGAGCGGCAGUGACACGGUUUUCUUCUGCGUGGUGGACGCAGAGGGAAACGCCUGCUCUUUUGUCAACAGUAACUACAUGGGCUUCGGCUCCGGACUCGUACCUCCAGGGUGCGGCUUCUCUCUGCAGAAUCGCGGCGCUAACUUCUCUCUUCGUCGCGGGCAUCCAAACUGUAUCGCGGGGGGAAAGCGUCCCUUCCACACCAUCCUCUCUGCUCUGGUGACCGAGUCCAGCUCCGAGUCCAGCUCCGAGUCCAGCUCCCACCAGCUCCUGGGGGCCCUGGGAGUCAUGGGGGGCUUCAUGCAGCCUCAGGGACAUGUGCAGGUUUUGUUGAACAUGUUGGAGUUUGGGAUGAAUCCGCAGCAGGCUCUCGAUGCUCCUCGAUUCUAUGCCCACAACGACCAAACGAAGGAUCAGUGGACAGUGAGUUUGGAAGAAGGCAUCGAUGCAGAGGUCGCAGAGAAACUGCGGGGGAAGGGCCACACGGUCAUCCACCCAGUGACUGGUCACAAGAGGUCUCAGUUUGGGCGUGGCCAGAUCAUCACUGUGGGCGACUGGUGGAACCAGUCUGCCAAUCAAAGCAGUCGUCCAAUCAGGAGAGUGCUGUGGGCGGGAUCAGACCCCCGCGCUGAUGGGUGUGCUCAGGGGUUUUAG